AUGGUGGCCGAAGAGCGGCCCCCAACGGCGGGGGCCAAGAUGCGUGCCUUGGGGGAGAGGGAUAAGUUGCACGAGGACCUGGCUGCGUUGGUGAGAGAGCAGGAAGAGAUGGAGGUGGAGAUCCGGGCGGUGGAGAAGGAGGAGGACGAAACCAAGCAGAAGCUCGUUGCGGUGAUGGCUGAGAUGGGGGUGUUUGCAAAGCCGGGGCGAGAGGGGGAGGAAUGGAAGGUGCUGUAUGACCGGAUGAGAGAGUUGUGGGGGGUGCAGAGCGAGGUGGAGGCCAGGAAGAAAGAGCUGCAACGGAGGAGAAAGGUGGUGGAGGACAAGCUUACCGAGGUCUAUCAGCAGAUUCGCAAACGUCUUAGAUCUCAGAUUCGAGCUCAGGCUCGGAUAGCGACCCGAGCCGUGACCUCUCUGCGUCUCCAUCGGGAGAUGGGAGCUCUGAGGACCUGCCCUUCCCCUGUGAGGGAUGAGGCGGCUCUUGCCGCUGAGGGUGUUCUCGCACCAUGCAAGUCCCCUGGGGAGACAGCAGGGGACGGAUCCAGCAGUUGA